UAUUUUUUGCUUAUUAUAGCAGCAUGCUAAUUAAAACAGUUUUCAUUUUUGGAUUGGUUGUUUUUACAACUUAUAGCAGUGAAGAUAAAAAGGAUAUACCAAUUAAUGAUUUUGCCGCACUUGUUAAUGAUCUGAAACAAGCUCUUAAUUUAGAUAGAGUAUUUGAAGUUAUUCAUCAGUAUCUUAAGACAGCUAUUAACAAUGGUCAAAAAUAUUCUUAUCAACAGUUUAAAGAUGAUUGGAGAAAUUUAAAAGUUCAUCCUGUUGAUAUAGCAAAGUUUGUUCACCAAUCAAUAUGGGCAAUAAUUGUAAAUGGAUCACUUGCUAUAAUAAAGGUUUUCUACUACUACCACAAUUUCUUUCUAGAAUAUUUAAAAAAGAAAUGUGAUAUAUAUUUCGAAAAAAUAGAUCCGUUUCAUCCUUGGAAUGUUAUGGAACAAGAAAAUAAACAAACACCUCUAUAUCUUUUCAUCUAUGGUGGUAUACUUUCUCUUGUUUUCAUGAGAUUUUUAAGUAGUUGGAAUUUUUUACUAUAUAUAGCUGCCAGCUUCCUUGUGCAUUACAUCGGUGGAACACCUCUUGUAUUUAAAUGGAUUCUUAGCAUAAUUGGUUUUUUGUGGUUUGCUUUUGAUAUUAUCACAAGUUAUCCAUUGCAUGCUGCUAUCGCUGUUGUAACUUUGUAUUUCAGUCGCUUUAUUUUGCCUUGGAUGGCAGUUGAUCGAAUGCCACAUUCGAGUCAAAUUUUACCUGAAAGGUUUCGACAAAACGAAAUUAAAACAUUACAAUCAAGAUUAAAGAAUAUGGAAGAAAAAACUUAUUUGAUAAAUGAAAGAUUAGAACGUUUGUACACGCUAAUAGAUAAGAAAGAAAAUGAGUAGAAACAAUAAAAAAGAAAACAGAAGAUAAGAAAGCAAAUGAUUAGAAAAUAUAAGGCCAAGAAAGUGUAUCAUUAAGCUCAUAAAAAUAAUAUCAAAUCACAAAUAAUUUUCUACAAUAUCUUGGAGUAUCCUUGAAGCUUUCUUGAUUUUUUUAUUGGAGUUUUCUUGAAGUUUUUCUCGGAGUUUCCUUGGAGUAUAAAAGUUCAUAAAAACUUUUAAAUAUUGUUUUUUUUUUUCUCUUUUAUCACAAAAAUAUUAUUUUUAUUUUUAUUGUUCGUGUGAAUGUUGUUAAUUGUAUAUUGUGGCUUAUCAAUGUUUACAAAGGUGAAUCCAAAUCCAAAUUAGGGAUGGGUCUUGGGGGUUGGCAGACAAAGUUCUGGUUUGCGAAAAUCAAUCUGAAGAUAUAAACUAAUUUAAGAUACAUAAACCUAACUUAUUGGAGACACCACUUUUUGUAAGCAGUGAUCAAUAAAAACGAGAAACUUACAUUUUGUAAGAAAAAAUGAAUUUCUCACAUAUUUUAAAAAAAAGGAGGUUAAUUCUUUUUAUUUUGUUUAAAAAACAGGUUUUUAUAUUUAAAUUUAUUUAAACAAAUAGUAAAAAAGUUAUUUAUUGCAUUUAUUUUCAAUAGUUCUUCAACACCAUUUUUGAAAAGACAUUUUUAGUUAAAGUGGUUUUCACUAUAGCAAAAUAACUUCUUUUAGUUAUUUUGUAUUAAGGUCUUUAUGUUUUAUUUUGUGUUGAGCUGUUUUGGUUAUUUUACUUGUUUUGAAGGAUUUGUUUCUGUUAUUUGUAUUUUACUUGUGUUGAAGGAUUUGUUUCUGUUAUUUGUAUUGUUAAACGCAAGUAAAAUAGCAGAACUUUUUUACUUUUUUUUAUUUAUGGAUUUGUUUAUGUCAUUUGUGUUGUAAACAUUUUUAAAGAAAAUAGAAAACUUAGAAUAAAAUGGUAUCUGAGAAAAUCAAGACUAUAGUUUAGUAAAACUUAAUAAAUAUUAUUAGAGACAUUUUGAAAUUUGAUUACAGGCAAUUUUAAGGCGAAAUCUCAUAUUACUAUUCUAUUUUGUUUAUCAGUGACUCCACAGACUACACUAGUUAAACUGUUUAUCAGUGACAUCACUUCAUAACGUCAUAUUUUUUAAUGUUUGAAAAGUUUAUAUUGUUGCGUAUUUAAUAUUUAUCAAUUUAAUUAUAAAAAUAAAAUAUUUUAAAAACGAUUAUAUUUUGCUUACUUAAUAUUUACCGAUAAAAUUAUAAAAAAAAAUUUAUUAAAAAAAAAAAAAAUAAACCAAAUCGCUCUCAAUGCAAAUCAAAUCAACGUGACUAGCGUCGAAACAUUAUUAUCCAUCGAAGUUUCAUGAAAAAAAUAUGUCCACAGAAAUAUAUUUUAGAACAAUUCAAUCAAAAACAGCAUCUGAUAAACGAAAUCUUAUACCUAUUGAAGAUUUGGCAUUGAAAUUACCUGAAAUCGAAUUUAAAAAAGAUUUGCAUAAUAAUUUUUUUAAGUUUAUUUCUAAUUUAACUAAUUUCCAGUUUUCAGUUGCCAUUUUAUUCUAAGUUUUAUGACGUUUUUUUUUAAUUAUUUUUUGGUUUGUGUAACAGCCCUAUAAAUCUUUUUAUAAAAAAGAACUGUUAAUAUAAUUUACUAAAUUAUUUUAUACCACAA